UGUCCACAUGGAUAUGACAUACUUUUAAACGUCACGGAGUCGCUAGGUCACCUUCACAAGCUAGCCCAGAAUAUUUAUGUGAAUUGAAGAUUGCCACAACAUUACAUAAAGAGAGGCUUUGUGAGAAGGAUGACUGAGGAAGCGGCUGGUGACGACGACGUUGUGAAAGAAAAUGGCGCCACUGCGGCGAAGACUGACGAGCCGGACAUUGAUUGGAAGAGUCGCUAUGAAACGCUUGAGUCCUCCUUGGAAAGAUUCAAGUCUCAAGCCAUGAAAAUACGACAGGCCCUUGGGCAGAAAAUGCAGCAGCUAGAAGAGAGGACGCUAUUGGCUGAUUGUCGAGCUGAGACGGCUGAACAUCAGUUGAAGCUGAUGGAACAGAGGUUGGCAGCCAUGAACUGGGAGCCUAAGGAGGUGGAUAGACAUGUGCUGGAGCUGGAGAACAGCUGUCAUGAGAAGGACAAGAUCAUAACUGAUCUCAGACAGCAGCUGGAGGAUCAGAAAUCUCAGAGACAGCAAGAUGCUCGGGUCGUCGAAGAGAAGGCAAUGCGCAUCAAAGACUGGGUGUCCCGUAAACUACAGGAGCUGGAGCAACAGAACCAAGACUUACAGACAGAGAACGAGAUCCUGCAGGAUCAGCUAGAGAUCUUAAGAGAGCGCCUGCAGGCUUUGCCAUCCAUGGCUGCCAAAGAGAUCUUUCGGGCCAGUCUUCAGGAAUGUGGUUCCCGACGGACAUCUCACUCAAGCUCUCCCCCCGAGAUACCCCAGCGUCCCUCUGCAGCAGUCCUCAACUCCAUGAGGCUGGGGGUGGGGUGUGAAGGGAGUGAUGGGGCAGGGGACAGCCACAUCCACCUGCAGGACUCUGCGUCCGAGGACUCAGACGACAGCAUGGAGGACAUGGAACAGACGGAAACUGACCCUGUAUACCAGGAGAUUGACAGAAACCAUGAGAGCAAAUACGAACCAAAGAGAGCCUUCCCACCACAGAUCAAGAUAGAGCGUAAGGUGUUCCAGGAGGCGCAUCUGCUAGACUCGCUGGUCAGCUCCAGUAAUGGAAGUGAGGAACCCCUGAAUCGAUCUCAUCGCCUCUCACAGGCACAGUCCCACACAUCCAGCACCUCUGACAGGAACGAUGAGGCGACAAACACGGGCUCACCCAAUGGAGGAGACGAAGAGGAUGGGGACUCAGAGGAGACUGCCGUGUCUCUCACGCUGUCACUCAACUCUCCCAGAACGCCCCUCACUCCGCUGUUCCCUCAAGCUCCGCCCACAACGCCAGCAGGGUCCCUAACAGAAGUGUAUAACGGCAGGGACAAGCAGCACCCACUCUCUGACCCCACAGACAGUAAUAUGGCCUUCAUGGCCACUUUGCCACGCAGCAAAUGCAGUACCUUCAAACCCAGCCCUGUAUAUAUUCAGUCCCAGUUGUCCAGCAAGCAACCAUACGGACAGACUGACAACAGGUCGUACCACAUGGAGUAUAAUAGUGCAAUAUCCGAGCCUAACCUAGGCCAUCAGUCCCGAAGUACCAGCAAACCAAAUACACCCACAUCCAAGUCUUCUGCUUCCUGGGAAAACAGGAUACAGGCAUAUACCGAGAGUGGGAAAAGUGUAAAAAGUCAACAAGGCAAAAAUCUGAAUGAUGCCUCAGUCCCGGUGUGUGAAGCCUUCAGCACUAGUCACUUGUACAGAGAUAACACAGUCCCGGUCUACGCCACACUUAAAGGGAAAGCUGCACAGAUACGGAGCACGCCAUUCACUGAAGAUUCCCCCUCUGAUUCUUCUGACAAUGAGGACAUCCCUGUUGCCAUGACAACGAAUUUAACAGCAGCAGGAGGUACAGCAACAACCACCUUCACACGGGAAGCUGUUAUGACUGUGGCAGGCCCGUGCAACACAAAAACAACGACCUCUACAACCGUCCGAAAGCUGCCGGCCAGUCACAGUAGCUCUGGAGCUAUGAAGAGAGGUGUGUCCAGCUCAUCCAUUGGCUCAGAAACCUCCAGUGAUUAUGCACUUCCUCCAGACGAAGCUUCCAGUAAAAGUGAUUCAGAAAACUCUGAGCCAGAACAGAAGCUCCUGAAGUACACUACAGAUUCUGCCAAGAGAGACACCUUGGAGAGGUGUGGCUAUUUGUCCAAGCUGGGAGGGAAGGUGAAGACUUGGAAACGACGCUGGUUUGUUCUCAGGGAUCAGGAAAUACUCUACUACAAAUCACAGCAUGAUGCAUUACGCAAACCUCAGGGAAUAAUACAACUGGACAGCAGUAGUCGAAUAGCCAGAUCUCAUGGAGAAGUCACUUUUGAGAUCACAAACAAUAAAAGAACAUAUUAUUUAACAGCAGACAGUCCAUCAGAAAUGGAGAAGUGGAUAAGAUCGGUACAGAAAGCUUUAAAACGCCAAGCAGCUAGCUUCCUACUUGAUAAUGUGGGCACAAAAACUGUUCUGAAGGGAUGGCUGACCAAGGCAAAGAAUGGUUCCACCAGAAAGUGUUUUUGUGUUUUGUUGGGAAGACACAUUCUAUAUUAUAAAACAUCCUCAGACAAGAUCCCUAUAGGUCAGUUACACUUACAAGAUGCCAGGGUAGAGGAAAUUGAAAGAACAUGCGAGUCUGAUGAAGAGUUUGAGUCUGGAUCUGUACAGAGGCAUGUUCUGGCCAUCUGGCCACAAUGUCAGGGGCCUACCUAUCUGAUUUUACCUACCAAACAGGAAAAGGAUUCAUGGCUGUAUCACUUGACUGUGGCAGCUGGAGGGGGCACAGGGAAUGUGGGGACAGAGUAUGAGCAAAUCAUCUCUAAGCUGAUGGAGGUGGAUGGAGAUGCUGGAUCUGUGUUCUGGAAACAUCCAAUGGUGCUACACAGUAAAGAACCAAUCAACCGUCCCCUUACAACCCUACCUUCAGAAGAGCUUCAGGAAUUGGCUGUUGACUUGUUCAAGAGCCUGAAGGAGUUCAUGUGUACUGUGAUAGAGUCACCUACUAUAGACUUUCAUGUGACUUUGGCACAGUCCAUGUUACAAACCUGCCUUGAUCACCCGCAGCUGCAAAAUGAACUCUACUGUCAGCUUGUUAAACAGACAUGUCGGCAUCCUGUGCAACAGAAAACAUCAGUCCAGAAUCUGCUGUUGUGUGGGAAACAUUCCUGGUUUUUGUGUGAUACAACGCCAACCUCUCCCACCUCCUCGGUGAUGGACUUGUCUGACUCCAAGCUGAACCCCUCACCGUAUGUGGUGCUACAGGGCUGGCAGCUGCUGGCUAUGUGUACCUCACUGUUCCUCCCCAAGCAGAGCAUCAUGUGGCUGGUCAGGGUACAUCUACAGAGAAAUGCUGACCCACGGUCAGAAACUGGCAAAUAUGCGAUAUUUUGCCAGCGCGGUUUAGAGCGGACAUCUCUGAAGGGAGGGCGAGAGGUUCACCCGUCAAGGAUGGAGGUGUUGUCUAUCUUACUGCGGAACCCUUACCAUCAUUCCUUACCCAUCAGUAUUCCUAUCCACUUCCUCAAUGGAAGCUACCAGGUGAUCAGUUUUGAUGGAUCCACCUCAGUACUGGAGCUGUUGCAGACACUGAACAAGGCCAUAGGGAUGAGGGACUGUAGUCAGUCUGGCUUUGCCCUCUUCACAGAUGACCCCCUCCAGAGAGAUCUACAACACUGCCUCAAGGGCACUCUCAAGGUGUGUGAUGUAAUCUCCCGCUGGGAUGAGGCUUACAAUGAGGGUGGUUCGGGAAAACAGGACACGAAUAGAACACUCCGGCUGCUCUACUGUAACAGGUUGUAUUUCAAGAGCACGUGUAAUGGGGAGACAGAGAAAGAACGUCUGCUGCUGGUGUACCAGAUUAACAACGAGAUCGUGGCUGGGCGGUUCCCACUGAACCGCGACUUGGCCCUGGAGCUGGCCUCCCUCAUGGCUCAGAUAGAGUUUGGUGAUGUACGUGUCUCUGAAGGCCUGUCCCCAGGAGCUGUUGUCCCCACUCCCCAGCUGGCGCAGGUGCUGGACAGAUUCUACCCCAGACAGUACAAGGACACCAGCUCAAGCGAUCUCAAACAGCUGACCUCCACCCUGAUUGAGAGGUGGCAGGCCCUAAAAGGACGUGGCACCCAGGACUGUGUCAGGGUGUACCUCACAGUUGCCAGAAAGUGGCCAUUCUGUGGGGCCAAGCUGUUCUGUGCUGUGCCUAAAGGUGGCAAAGAGAAGAAUACCUGUAUCUGGUUGGCCGUACAUGAGGAGGGCCUUAGUGUGCUGGAGUACUCAUCUAUGCAACCUAUGAAUACUUAUGACUACAAGUCUGUGAUCACAUUUGGUGGAUGGAGAGACGAGUUCAUGUUUGUGCUGAAUCAACUGAUAGAGUCCGCUCCACAUCAUUACGAGCACCGUACUGACCGUCUCCUCUUUCUCAUGCCCAAACCUCAGAUUCUGGAAAUAACACAUUUGAUUGCAUCCUACAUAAACUUUCGGGUGGCCACAUCACCAGACAGUGCUGGGGAUUCGUGAUCCAUUGUUAUGAAGCUUUACUUUUCUACCCU